UAUAUGUGAAAGUUCAAUUAAACUAGUACUAGUACUAGUACUAGACCUGCCUUUCUUUUUCUUUUUUCUCUCUCUCUCUGCUUUCUUGUUUGACACUUGAUUUUAUAGUCCUAGGCUCAACUUUUCUUAUCUCUUUCAGUCCUAGGUCUCAAGCUGUUCUUGCUGUCCCUUUUUCCUUUUUCUUAGGGGACCCAUACUAUACAACCUCCCUUUAUAUCAGUCAGUUUGUCCCAAGGACCAAAGCUUGUCCAUGCCUUGAUCUGUUUUGCUUUCUUCAUGUAAAAACCCAUCUCAAAGAACACCUAGAGAUCUCAUCUUUGUUCUGUCCUGUUCUAUUUUUUUACUUGGAUUGCUUUAAAAGAGAUUCUUGAUCUGAGUCUGUUGUAAAGAUAAUAAAAGGGCAUUUAGCUGCUUAACCAUACCAAUGCAAGGUUGUAUUUGUUAAAGCUUGAAUGGAAGUAUUAUAUGGUUCCAAGAAAGCAUCAAUGGGGAAGCAGCAACAGCAAUCUGUAACAGAUACUACAAGACCACCUCUUGUUCCAGCGGAGAAGAACAAUGCAGUUGCUGCAACUCGCCGGUCUAGAACAAUGGAAGUCAGUUCGAGAUACAGAUCAUCAACUCCUACUAAAACAAGGAGAUGCCCUUCACCUAAUGCCACGAGGACUGUCUCUUCUUCAAGCUCUCAGUCCUUAUCAUCAUCAAAAAGAGCUGUUUCAGCUGAAAGGAAACGCUCUUCAACGCCAACCACUCCCACUAAUCCAUCCACACCGGUUAGUGAUGUAUCUAUAGAUUUACCGGUUUCAUCUAGGAGACUUCCUACUGGUCGUUUACCUGAAGGCUUAUGGCCUUCUACUAUGAGAAGCCUCAGCGUUUCAUUUCAGUCUGAUUCAGUCUCGGUUCCUGUUAGUAAGAAGGAGAAACCGGUUGUUUCUAUUGAUCGGACACUGAGACCAUCUUCGAAUAUUACACAUAAACAGAAGAGUGAGACAACAACAACAACAACAACAACGUCUGUGUCUAGAAAACUUACACCCGAGAGGAAAAGAAGUCCAUUGAAAGGGAAGAAUGUGCCUGCAGGUCAAUCAGAGAAUUCAAAACCUGUAGAUGGUCCUCAUAGUAGGUUAAUAGAACAGCAUCGAUGGCCUAGUAGACUUGGUGGAAAGAUAAUCUCAGAUUCUAUGAACAGAAGCAUGGAUCUUGGUGAUAAGAGAAUGCCUAAAAGCUGUAAACCUUUGCAGAAGUCUUCUAGUGACACAGCGAGGUUGUUGUCCUCUUAUGAAAGUAAUGGAUUAGUAAUGUCUCCAACAAACUCAGAAGAUGGUAAUGUGUCUAGACACAGGCUUCUGUCUGCAAGUUCAUUAGAUAGGGCGACUUCAGCUAGAGUGCAUCCCUUGUCUGCUCCUGGAUCACGCACUGCUUCUCCUAGCAGAUCCUCAUUUUCAUCAUCAUCCUCUAACUCACGAGGCAUGAGUCCCUUGAGAGGAUUGAGUCCUUCAAGAGGCUCUUGUCUGAGAUCGUCUACACCGCCACCAAGAGGUGUAAGUCCUUCCAGGGUAAGACAAACCAAUUCAUGCACACAAUCGAGUAGCACCACAACAUCAGUUCUCAGUUUCAUCGCUGAUGUCAAGAAAGGAAAAAAGACAACUUACAUAGAAGAUGUCCAUCAACUCCGUUUGCUCUAUAAUAGAUAUUCACAGUGGCGGUUUGCAAACGCUAGAGCUGAGGGAGUAAGAUAUAUUCAGAGGUUAAUUGCUGAGGAAACUCUAUACAAUGUCUGGCAUGCAACAUCAGACCUGAGAGAUCUUGUGACAACCCAAAGAGUUUGUCUCCAGCAGAUGAAGCUAGAAAUCAAGUUUGAUGAUAUCUUAAAUAAGCAGAUGGUUUGCCUUGAAGAUUGGGCCAUACUUGAGAGAGAACAUGUCAGUUCUUUAGGUGGUGCCAUUGCAGACUUGGAAGCAAAUACUCUGCGCCUUCCACUAACUGGAGGAACAAAGGUGGACCUCAGAUCUUUGAAGUUGGCCAUGUCAUCAGCUCUUGAUGUAAUGCAUAGUGUGGGAUCUUCCAUAUGGUCUUUACACUCACAGAUGGAAGAGAUGACUAGGCUUGUUUCAGAUCUCGCUUUUAUAGCUACAAAAGAGAAUUUUAUGCUUGGCAGAUGUGAAGAUGUCUUGGCAUCAACCGCAGUCAUGGAGAUAGAAGAGAGUAGCCUCAUGACUCAUUUAAUGCAAAAGAAGCAAGAAGAAGAAGAGAUGAUGCAAAGUCUCCAUUGUUGCCAUUAAGCAAGUUUUCACGGCCAACACUUAACAAUGACUUGUAAAUUGCUCUUUUUUGGCUGCCAUUUUCUUCUGCCACCAUCCUUUCUCCAUUUUGUCUUUUACUUGUAGGAAGAGGAUGUGAAAUAAAUGGUUUAAAGAAAAUCAAUGCAAAAAAUGUAGUUUAAUA